AUGGGGGAUCGUCUACAGCUUGAAAACCACGAACGAGCGUUUCUUUGUAAUCAGCUUCUACUCAUCCCCCAUCGGACAUAUCUCUGGGUUACUCUGAUCUUUGACGUGAUUGAGAACAGCAUCAGCUACACGAAUGCCAAAGUGCAAGAGAUCAUGCACACACUCCCCAGGACAGUCGACGAAGCAUACGAGAGGAUCUUGGAUCGGAGUCCCGACCGGGCGAAAGCCCAACGACUUCUCCAUAUUGUUGUCGCUGCUGUCAGGCCGAUGACCCUCAAAGAAAUGAGGAUCGCCCUUGCCGUGGGUCCAACUCAUCUAUCAUAUCUUGGCCUGGACUUGAGAGUCAAGGCUUUGGUAGGCACCAAAGGCCAAGGUUUAGGUGACAAGGGCUUUGAUGGAGAGGACACGUUAUUUUAUGGGUCUGCUUUGACAUUGGCAGCCAAAAAUGGACAUGAAAGAGUCGUCAAUGUCCUCCUCGAUGCGGGGGCUGGUGGUAAACCCUCUUAUUUUAGGGGUGGAUCGUAUCAGCCACUGGAGCAGGCUGCUGCCAAUGGACAUGUACGGAUCGUGGAAAUUCUUUUGGACCGGGAAAAAAGGCACCUAGAUACAGCGGAUUCUUCAAUGUCUAUAGCACUCCGGCACGCAGCGGCAGAUGGUCACGAGGAAGUUGUGAGGCUUGUCCUAGCCGCCGGAGCUAAUGCAGAGGGUGAUUCCCAGAAUGAAUCACCGCUCCUAUCAGCCGCAACGCAGGGCCAUGUGGGCAUCGUGAAACUUUUGCUGAAACAAAGGGGCAUUGACCCGAUGCAGCGGAGUGCAACAGGAAGCACGCCGCUUAUCCUGGCGGCUGCAGGAGGCCACGAUGCCGCAACGGGCGGUCACAUGGAGGUAGUCAAGCUUCUGAUCGCGACAAAUGCCGUUCAUCUUGACGUGAAAGAUUCGUCCACGAGUCGGACUCCACUUCUCUGGUCUCUCGCAGCAGGGCACGAAUCAAUAUCCAAGCUUCUUCUAGAGAGCGGAGCCCAAGAUAUUGAAUCGAUCGACUGUCUUUCAAUUGAUCGUACCGCACUAUCCAUUGCUGCCGAGCUCGGCAACGAGACUCUGGUCGAUCUUCUAUUAGGCAGGGGAAAGGCGUACCCAAACUCCAGGUCCGCAUACAAUCGUACGCCGCUGUCAUACGCCAGUGAAAGUGGCUGGGCUAGCAUUGUAAAAAAGCUAUUGGACACGGAAGACGUGGACUCCGAUCUCGCCGAUACCUAUUAUGGGCGGACACCGCUCUCAUGGGCCGCAGCGAACAGUCAUCUCGAGGUGGUCCGACUAUUGUUGCACUCGACUGCGGUGGAUGCCAGCUCUCGAGAUACCAUGUAUGGACGCACGCCAUGCGCAUGA